GAAGCCUGCAAUGAUCUCCAAAAUAGUCGUUUAUUUUUAAAAUUGUUGGAAGCUGUUCUCAAAACUGGGAACCGCAUGAAUGAUGGUACAUACCGUGGAGGAGCAGAGGCAUUCAAGCUUGACACACUUUUAAAACUCGACGUUAAAGGCGCUGAUGGGAAGACCACACUAUUACAUUUUGUUGUUCAAGAGAUCAUCCGGUCUGAAGGCAGGCGUGCUGUGCAAAUAGCAAGAGAUAGUAGGAGUAACUCCAGCAUUACAAUUUCUAGCUUUAAUUCUGUCGACUUCAGCGACGAAAAUCCCGAAGAAUCUGAAGAUCAGUACCGAAAUCUUGGUCUCAGGGCUGUUUCAAGCCUCAGCUAUGAACUUGAGAAUGUCAAGAAAGCUGCAGCACUGGACGCCGAUGCUUUAACGAGCUCAGUUGUAAGUCUUGGCAAUAGAUUAGCAAAGACAAAAGAGUUCUUAAAAGCUGAUAUGAGUAACUUGGAGGAGAAAAGUGCUUUUCAUGAUUCUUUGAAAGCAUUUGUUGAGCAUGCUGAGGCUGAUAUCACUCAACUUUUGGAGGAAGAAAAGAGAAUAAGAUCAUUAGUAAAGCUUACCACUGACUAUUUCCAUGGGAAUGCUGGAAGAGACGAGGGGUUGAGAUUGUUUGUCACAGUGAGGGAUUUCCUUGAGGUUUUGGAUAAGGUCUGCAAAGAAGUUAGAGAAGCACAGAGGAAAGUGAUGAAUACAUCAAAAAGCAAGGAUAAUACAAUACCGAAAUCAACGUCGGAACCCCGGCAGUCGAGAUAUUUCCUGCAAUCAAAGACCGGCGCUUGGAGGAUUUUAGCUCUGAUGAUGAUGAGGAAUCUUAAUUAA